AUGAUUGCUGAUUCUGUGUCAAUUAGAGACUCGAUGGAAGGCGUCAAGGCAUUCUUCGAGAAGCGGCAACCGAAUUUCAAGGCAACUUUGGAAAACGAUGCGCCACCAAGUUUCCCGUGGUGGUCGGACAUCGAUUUUGGACGAAAGCCAAAGGCAAGUAAGCCUAAGCUAUGA